AUCGUUUGUAAAAGUCGCAAUUAAAAUGGCGGCGCCCAUGCGGCUGUAAUCUUCAGACGGUCACAUCAGUGAUUAUAGUGGAGAAGCAUGGGUGACUUGAAGAAUAUAGACACUGAAAACCUCUCAGCACCUGUCAAAGAAAUAGAGGAGAAAUGGAAACUGCUACCAUCAUUUCUGAAGGUGAAGGGGCUUGUCAAGCAACAUAUAGACUCAUUCAACUACUUCAUCAACGUAGAUAUCAAGGAGAUAAUGAAGGCCAAUGACAAGAUCACCAGUGACGCUGAUCCUAACUUCUAUAUGAAGUAUCUGAACAUUUAUGUUGGAAUGCCAGAUGUAGAAGAGGGGUUCAACAUCACCAAACCAAUUUCUCCACAUGAGUGUCGUCUACGAGACAUGACCUACUCAGCACCCAUCACAGUGGAUAUCGAGUACACGCGAGGCAAUCAGCGAAUUGUGCGUAACAACCUGCUCAUAGGGAGAAUGCCCAUCAUGCUGAGGAGUUCCAACUGCGUGCUGCAUGCCAAGAGUCCUGCAGAGAUGGCUAAGCUCAACGAGUGCCCCAUGGACCCAGGGGGCUACUUCAUCGUCAGGGGGACAGAGAAGGUGGUACUCAUUCAGGAACAGCUCUCUAAGAACAGGAUGAUCGUGGACACCGACGUCGGCAGGAAAGGGAGUGUCGUGUGCUCUGUGACUAGCUCAACUCAUGAGAGAAAGACUAAGACUGAUGUAAUAGUCAAGCAUGACAAGUACUACAUGAAGCAGAACUCGUUCUCAGAGGACAUUCCCAUAGCGAUUAUCUUCAAAGGUAUGGGGUUCGAGUGUGAGCAGGAGUUUGUUCAGAUGAUAGGCAGUGAAGAGUCGGUGCUAGGGGCAGUGGCCCCGUGUCUAGAGGAAUGCCAUAAGGCGGGCGUUUUCACUCAGCUACAGGCGUUGAAGUACAUUGGCAACCGUAUCCGUCAACGUCGUAUGUGGGGAGGUCCAAAGAAGACAAAAGUGGAUGAGGCGAGAGACGUGCUACAUGGGGUCAUCCUAUCUCAUGUGCCAGUGGUGGAGUGGAACUUCAAGAUGAAGGCAGUGUAUCUGGGCCUGAUGGUGCGUCGUGUCAUACAGGCCCAGCAGGGCCUCGUCAAGGGAGACGACAGGGAUUACUAUGGCAACAAGAGACUUGAGCUAGCCGGGUCACUGAUAUCACUGCUGUUUGAAGACCUCUUCAAGAAGUUUAAUACUGAGCUGAAGAAGAUAGCAGAUGUAACGAUCCCCAAACCCAGAGCGGCCCAGUUUGACAUCGUGAAGCAUAUGCGUCAGGACCAGAUUACCAACGGCCUUGUACAGGCAAUAUCUACAGGUAACUGGACGAUCAAGCGAUUCAAGAUGGACCGUGCAGGUGUCACUCAGGUCCUCACACGCCUCUCCUACAUCUCAGCACUUGGCAUGAUGACCAGGAUCUCGUCACAGUUUGAAAAGACGCGUAAAGUGAGUGGACCCAGGUCCCUACAGCCCUCACAGUGGGGUAUGCUGUGCCCGUCUGACACACCAGAAGGGGAGGCUUGUGGGCUUGUAAAGAACCUUGCCUUGAUGACCCACAUCACCACAGACCAUGACGAGGGUCCGAUCAUCCGCCUGGCGUUCAACCUCGGCGUGGAAGACAUCCAGCUACUGAGUGGCGCUGAAAUCACCAGCAAAUACGUCUUCACUGUGUUCCUUAAUGGUAAUAUUCUUGGUGUCAUCCGUAACUACAAGCGCCUGGUGAGGACCUUUAGACUGAUGAGGCGUGCAGGCUACAUCAAUGAGUUUGUCUCCAUCUGCCCAAACAUGUCCCACAGAUGUGUGUACAUAUCCUCAGAUGCUGGCAGAGUCUGUAGGCCGUACAUCAUCGUGACAAAGUGCAAACCCCUGGUGACCAACCAGCACAUUCAGGAGCUCAACCAGGGCUUCCGCUGCUUUGAAGAUUUCCUUAAGGAGGGCCUCGUGGAGUAUCUCGACGUCAAUGAGGAGAACGACUGCCUCAUUGCUCUCUAUGAGAAGGAGAUCACACCGUCCACAACUCACCUGGAGAUUGAGCCAUUCACCAUCCUGGGCGUGUGUGCAGGCCUGAUCCCCUACCCCCACCACAACCAGUCCCCACGCAACACAUACCAGUGUGCUAUGGGCAAACAAGCCAUGGGCACUAUUGCUUACAACCAGAGGAACCGUAUCGACACCUUGAUGUACCUUCUGUGCUACCCCCAGGCUCCCCUAGUCAAGACAAAGACAAUAGAGUUGAUCAACUUUGACAAGCUCCCUGCAGGCCAGAAUGCCACAGUGGCCGUGAUGUCAUACAGUGGAUAUGAUAUAGAGGAUGCAUUGGUCAUCAAUAAGGCAUCAUUAGACAGAGGUUUUGGCCGUUGUUUGGUGUACAAGAAGCAGCAGGCCACGCUGCGACGCUAUGCCAACCAGACCUUCGACAAGGUGAUGGGACCAAUGGUGGACGCAGCUACACGCAAACCUGUCUGGAGACAUUCUGCACUGGACUCGGAUGGGAUCUGUGCUCCUGGUGAGAUGAUUGAGAACAAGCAGGUGUUUAUCAACAAGUGGAUGCCUACGAUGACCAACAGUCCCCUGCAGUCUUCCGCUGAUGCAGAGAAGCAGACUGACUAUCGGGAAGUACCAAUAACGUACAAGGGUUCUGUCCCCUCGUAUGUUGAGAAGGUGAUGAUCACCUCCAACUCGGAGGAACCUUUUCUCGUGAAGAUCCUCCUGCGGCAGACGCGACGACCAGAGAUCGGUGACAAGUUCAGCAGCAGACAUGGCCAGAAGGGGGUUACAGGCCUGAUAGUUCCACAAGCUGACAUGCCAUUUUCAGAUUUGGGAAUCUGUCCAGAUGUGAUCAUGAACCCUCAUGGCUACCCCUCACGAAUGACUGUUGGGAAACUGAUGGAGCUGCUAGGAAGUAAGGCUGGGGUACUGGACGGGAAAUUCCAUUAUGGAACAGCGUUUGGUGGAGACAAGGUAUUGGACCUAUCAGAAGACCUGAUUCGUCAUGGUUUCAACUACCUAGGCAAGGAUUAUGUCACAUCUGGUAUCACUGGGGAGCCACUCUCUGUGUAUGUGUACUAUGGCCCAAUCUACUACCAGAAGCUGAAGCACAUGGUGUUGGACAAGAUGCAUGCCAGAGCCAAGGGUCCCCGGGCUGUAUUGACACGGCAACCAACGGAGGGCAGAUCUCGUGACGGAGGCCUCAGGCUUGGGGAAAUGGAGCGUGACUGUCUUAUUGGAUACGGGGCCAGCAUGCUGUUAUUGGAGCGUCUGAUGAUCUCCAGUGAUGCCUUCGAGGUUGACGUCUGUGAGCAGUGUGGCCUGCUGGGAUACCUUGGAUGGUGCCAGUACUGCAAGUCCUCCAAGCACGUGUCUACACUGAAGAUGCCCUAUGCAUGUAAACUAUUGUUCCAGGAACUUCUGUCUAUGAACAUUGUGCCUCGCCUUUCAUUGAAACGUUACAAUGAAGUAUAGCACAUGGGGUGUUAGUAGUUGAUAGUUCAUGUGUGAUGAUGUUUUGUUAAAAUGAUACAAGGAAGUAUUGUGAAACCUGUGAGGAGUAAAAGACAAAAUGUGGUCAUUAUUUAUGUUGUUCAUUUGCAAAAUAAGAGGAACAUACUUAAGUCAAUAUUAUAACUCAAUUUUGAGUUUUUACAAAUUUUGUAAAACGAGUUUAAAGGGACCUUUUUACAGAUUUUGGCAUGUAUUGAAGCUUGUCAUGAACUUAUUUAAAUUGUUAAAUGUAAACAUAAGAACUAAAUAGCUCCAGUAAAAACGAGAAUAAAAUUAAAGAAAAACAAGAAAUCCUCAAUAGGGCUCGAAACACUGACCCUUAUAGUAAAAGUGAAGCACUUAAACCACUCGGCCAUUGGUGCUCAUAUGAUGGCCAAGUACUUCAUGCUUUGUAUAAGCAUUGAUGUCACAAAAUAUAACAAUAACAACAGAACUCACCAAAUUAUUCAAUUGUUUUAGGUUUUUAAAUUAUCAAAAGAUGAAACAAAUCUGAUUUUUUUUUUCAAACUUGUCAUUUUACCAAAAUGUGAAAAGGUCCCUUUAAACAUCAUGCUCGACUUGGUGAUGGCACAUAUUAUUUUUUGGACUAGGCUCUAAGUGUGAGCAAGAAUAUGUAAUUCUAAAACAAAAAUGAGACUUGAGAUAUUUCGUGAGCUGACCGAGAUUCUCUGUGCUCAACAGAAUGGACACUCAAAACUCAUCUGAGUUGAGCUUCACAUUUGAUAAUGUUUACGAUACUAGGCCAUGGUGAUCUAAAUGCAGACAUGGGAAUGCAAAGUACAUGGCAGAAAUCACAAGCUUUAAUGUGGGCUUUUCUCAUGAUUUUGAGGGCUAUUUGAUGAAGCAAAACUGUACCCUAAACAAUAAUAGCCAACAAUCUGGAUAAAACAUCUGGGUGUACACCAUUUGAAUCCAAGGCAUUGGCAAGUCAGUUUAUAAGUGAUUUUAUUAUAUGCAUAUAUUAUAUUCCUAAUAACAUUUGUGCAUCAAAAUAAGUUGUUAAUUGAUUUGUUAUGCUCUUCAAAGGUUGUUUGUUCAAUCAUCAUUAAAUCCAGCUUAUUAGA